GAAACGAACCCUCCAAAGCCUUCGGAUCAUCAAACGACCAUCGUGAAUGAUAUGUGCUGUUCAGUAUUAAGAAACCAGUCAGUGUAAACAGCUUCCAGAAUUUGGCACAUCAUCAGUUUUGGCAUGGAUAUAUGGGUGAAGGUGGUCAAGCGGUGUUCUUCGUGACGCAGUAUGGUGACUGUGAGCGCACUUUGUACGAUUUGCAAAACUACCUAAGCCGCAAUUUGAAGUUUUUAUUUUCUGACAUUGAUCGUUUGAGACGAAGAUCGCAAAUAUUGACAGAGGAAAGAAAAAGUGUUUCGUGAUAAUUUCGAUCAACCAGUGCGAAAUUGCUUGCUCUGCCAGUCGGUCAGAGUGGAAUCGACAAAAAAACAGAACCGAGUGAGUGUGUUGUGAAAGUAAUUUUGCGUUUUGUUAUUAGUUUUCUGCGGUUGUUUUAUUUUUUGCAAUAUUUUGUGGUACUGCUGCUGGUCAGCCACCCAGUACUAGUUAGCCAGUGCAUUGUGCUUAUAUCGUGUCAGCGGAGAAAAAAUAAAUAAAUCUAUAAUUAGUUCGACGACAUCCUAACGCCGGCGGUUACAUUCAAAUGGUAGCAAUGGCAAAUCCAGCCGACAAUCCGGAACCUCCAACGAUAGCCACCAGCACGGUUCAGGAGGACAAGCUGUCCGCCAAGCCACUCAAGUCCAGCAACGAGAGCCUCAACUCGGACGCCAAUGGAAACCCGAACCCACUGACGCGCAAAGCCGCCAUCGUGCAGAUCACGAUGGCCAUCGUCGCCAACAUCACCAUCAUCUCGUCCGGAAUGGGGCUGGGAUUCCCUUCGAUUGCCAUGAUUGAGCUCACCAACUCGACAAGCUCGGUGAUGUUGACUGAGAAUCAGGCCUCUUGGUUCGCUUCUGUGACAUCAAUUCUGUGUCCCUUUGGUGGAUUAUUGGCCGGUUUUCUGUUGGAUAAGAUCGGGCGUAAAAAGACGCUCUACUUCAUCAACAUCAUUUCCGUCGUCUCGUGGGCCAUGAUGGCCUUUGCCAGUAAAACAGACGAGGUGCUUCUGUUUGUGGAAUUGAUGGUCGCCCGGGUGAUUAUAGGACUUGCCAUUGGGCUUUCCAGCUCACCUGCAUCGGUCUAUGCUGCGGAGAUAUCGCACCCUAAUCUCCGAGGUCGUCUCACGCUUCUGACAGCGCUCUGUACCGGUAUUGGAAUGUUGGCUGUUUACACGCUGGGAUAUCUGUUCAAGGAUGACUGGCGCUUCGUCUGCAUUUUGUGUGGACUCUUCACACUCGUGUCGCUUGUGUCGGUGAUGCCUAUCCCGGAGUCACCGAGCUGGUUAGUGGCCAAGAACAAACUUCCCAAAGCGGAGAAAUGUCUCAAGAAAGUCCGAGCCAUCAAGGAGAACAACCAUCCCAAGAUUAAUGAAGAGCUGGAUAACCUAGCCAAAAACAUCGCCCGUUUCCGCUCCAACCAGACAAGCAACUCCAAAUUUGCCAUGCUUCGUAAGCCGGAGGUCUACAAACCGCUCACCAUCAUGUGCACGUUCUUCUUCUUUCAACAGUUCACCGGAAUCUUUGUCAUCAUCGUGUAUGCCGCCCGGUUCUCCAUCGAAGCCGGAGUCAGUAUUGAUCCGUUCCUAAGCGCCGUAUUUGUUGGCCUGACUCGUGUCGUAACGACCAUCCUGAUGAGCUACAUUUCCGACAGCUUCGGUAGACGUCCACCAGCACUGUUUUCCGGUUUUGGAAUGGCUACCUGCAUGUUCGGGUUAGCGGCCUGCACCGUCUACCCGGUAAAGGGAACUGAUCUCCAAUGGAUUCCAACGUUCCUAUUGGUGGCAUUUAUCUUCUGUGCUACCCUUGGAUUCCUAACGCUCCCAUUCGCGAUGAUCGCCGAAAUGUUCCCGACAAAGGCACGUGGUUUCCUAGCCGGGCUGACCAUCUUCGCUGGCUAUACUAUGUCGUUCAUCAUCAUCAAGAUUUACCCGGCCAUGGUUCACACCUUCGGUAGCGAGUACGUGUUCCUAUUUUUCGGAAUUAUAUCCGUCAUCGGAAUUGGAUUUGUUUACAUGUUCCUACCAGAAACGAAAGGACGAACCCUAGACGAAAUUGAAAGCUACUUCCGGGGUCCAGUGGACCCCGGCGAGGUGGAACUCAAGCAAAAUCAUGAUCCUAAGGUUUGAAGGAUUAAAAGAAGGCACCUUCCAAGCCGGCAUCCUGUAAAUGCCAUAAUAUUAAGAACUGUGAUAUGCGGUAGCACUUACAAUGUAAGCGAAUAGUUACAAUUAGAAAACCCGAAUGUCAGUAAUCUUAGGUACGAAAUUCGCCGAGCGCUAGAAAAUUUUGUACGUUUAUUUUUGACAUGUGCUAGCAAAAGUAGACGAUAUAGUGAUUUGAGAAAUGGAAAACAAAUCAAACCUUGUUACAAGCAGACAUAUUUACAACUACACGAAAUUCAUCUUUUAGGUAUAACAAGAAUGAUUUUUCUUGAAAACUUAAUAAAAACCAGUACACUGCCGUAUGCAACUCAGAAGGCAAAGUUACUUAUCAUCAUGAUUGUGAAAGUAGUGUUUGUUAUUGGAACCAAGUGAACGCCGUACUUUAAACAAGUGCACAUAAGAUGCACGUUGCAUGCAGGUAUCAUAACGCUUAGCGUCCGUAAUAAAAAAAAGACAAAUUAUACAAUCCAAA